ACUAUGUUACCUACUGAGAUUUUAAGCAAAAUAGCAUCAUAUACGGAAAAUCGAAACGAGUGCUCAAAAGUAUGCCGCCCUUGGUUAACAGGUUUUCAACCAUAUUUGUACCAACACAUUCACAUUACAUCACGAAGACAAUUGAAGCAAUUGAUUCAAACGAUCCACAAUCAUGUUGAAUUAGGAAGACAUGUGAAACAUUUGAAUAUCGCCUAUCAUGUUGGUCUCACCAGAGACGAAUUUGAGAUUUUGGACUUUUAUUUCCCUCUCCUACAAUCGUUGAAUUUUAAUCCUAAGCUCUGGAAAUACCAACGCAGAACUGACAGAAAAGACUGGAAACGGAUAGCCAAAUUGCCACCAUUAAACCUCUUCUCUCUUAAUUUACAUAUGCUACAACACUAUGGACAAUCGCUCACUCAUCUUACUUUGGCAGGUGGUCUUGUCAAUCAACUUCAUGGCCAAACUCGAUUAAUACCCUUAUUUCAAUUUACCCCUCAUUUAAAGCACUUGAAGAUGUUUGGUCGAGAUAAGUUUACAGCAAUCACACACUCCCAAUAUGCACAGACAAGAUUUACAUACAAUGACGUGUUAGAUAUACAUGCACUGUUACCCAACCUCGAAGCAUUAGAGCUUUUGGACGUCGUGCUUGCACUACAAUCUGAGCUUAAGCGUAUGACAUUUCCGAAGGUACACCAAUUUCAGGUCGGAGGCAAAUUUGCGCAUCAUGCAUGGGUUGCGCUUGUAGCACAAUUGUACCCGAAUUUACGCCAGCUCGAAUUAAAUGUUUCUUGGGACGAGACUUAUCGACGAGACAUGGCUUAUGAAGAUUUUCAAGCUGUGAGAGUAGGUUUAGUUGAUAUCGCAACUACAUGUCGCUAUCUGGAAACGGUUCGUUUGGUCUCCCUGGGUGCGGUAGUCAAGGAUGCGCAUCAGCUAUUUUAUAAAACACUUUUUAAAUCGAGUACUAAGGGUCUAUCGAGUAUCGACGGUAUUAUGGUGAGCUCAUUGAUGGAGUUAAAGCAAUUAGCCAAUGCUAUAUUACAAUGCUGUGAUUCCGAACAUACACAUACUUUACGACUACAGCUUUGGAGGGAUUUAGGGUCCGUGAAAAAUAUGAUGGCCCCAGUUGCUCAGUGUCAUCGGUUGAAAGAAUUAGAAUUGAUGUGUGGGAAAUUUUCUUAUGCCUGGAAUUAUGGCUGUGACAUUGAUGCCAUUGCCACUUAUUGUCCACAACUUGUGGUACUGAAAUUGACUAUGACCCGAAUGACAGUGUCGAAGGGAUAUAAGCAAACAGCUUGUGCUAGUGUCGAAACCAUUCAUUUGAAUCAAGUUCACUUUACAACAGAGUCUAUGAACGCAUUAUCCAAUUGUUUCCCUAAAUUAAAGCACUUUAAUAUAUGGAACAGCGUGAAGGAGAGAGAUAAUCUAGAUCAAAUGAUUUCAAUUAAUUUAAACAAUCAAACAUUGGAGACGUUAAGCAUAGAUAAACUGUAUCUUCGACCAAGCCAAUAUGUAGAGAAAAGCGGCAUUGAUGCAGCCUUAUUUUCUGUUGAAAUGGCACAUCGUAAUAUGCGAGAGGAGCGUCGAGUGGGGAAGAAUGGUGGAGCAAGAUGGUACCAUUUGUACCACGAAAAUGGGAGCCGUCAAUUGAAGAAACUAGCCCAUACUAAAUCACAGAAGAUUCAAUGCUAUCAAAUGAAGGAAAGUGAUUGGGAUACUAUUUCUGAGGGUUCUAUUCGUGGUACUUACCGAAAAUCCAAACACUGGGAGAAUGAUGUUCCUUUCGGCUAUGUAUUCAUAACAUGCAAUUUAAUUAGCAAUUUAGCACUGAAUAAAGUUUUGCUUUAAAUCACCGCUCAUUAUAA